CUGCGAAACGUCAAACGGCGAGGUGUUGUUCUUGCGCAAGAAAGUGAAAAUUUUCCUUCGGUGCUGGUUUGCUAGGGUGUUUGUCCGGGGGUUUUUGUGCUGCAUUUAGGACGAUUCACAAUUCCCGUACCUUGUAGGACAAAAUGUCGACGUAUCUCGCUCUUCGAGCACUCCUUAACCCGAUCGCCCGCAAAACGGUCGCCCAGAUUCUGUGCGCCGGCAAUGGGCUGAACGUGGUGCGCCGUGCAUCGCCGGCCAUCCGCACCGUGCCGGUCCGAUUCUACGCCGAGAAGGAAGUGUUCAAGCGCGACAAACCGCACUGCAAUGUCGGCACGAUCGGGCACGUCGAUCACGGCAAGACGACGCUGACCGCAGCCAUCACGAAGGUGCUGGCCGACAAGGAUCUGGCGGAGAGCAAAAAGUACACCGACAUCGACAACGCGCCGGAGGAGAAGGCGCGCGGCAUUACGAUCAACGUCGCUCACAUCGAGUACCAGACGGAGAACCGGCACUACGGCCACACGGACUGUCCGGGGCAUGCGGAUUACAUCAAGAACAUGAUCACCGGCACGGCCCAGAUGGACGGUGCGAUCCUGGUGGUGGCCGCGACGGACGGCGCUAUGCCGCAGACGCGCGAACACUUGCUGCUGGCGAAACAGAUCGGCGUCAAUCACAUCGUGGUGUUCAUCAACAAGGUGGACGCGGCCGACCAGGAGAUGGUCGAUCUGGUGGAGAUGGAGAUCCGCGAGCUGAUGUCGGAGAUGGGCUUCGACGGUGAUAAUGUGCCGGUGAUCAAGGGUUCGGCCCUGUGCGCACUGGAGGGCCGGGAGCCCGAGAUUGGUGCGAACGCGGUGAUGAAGCUGCUCGAGGAGGUGGACAAGUACGUGCCGACGCCGGUGCGCGAGCUGGACAAACCAUUCCUGCUGCCGGUCGAGUCGGUGCACAGCAUUCCCGGCCGUGGUACGGUCGUGACGGGCCGGCUGGAGCGCGGCACGCUAAAGAAGGGUCAGGAGUGUGAAUUUGUCGGUUACAAUAAGGUCAUUAAGUCCACCAUCACCGGUAUUGAGAUGUUCCACAAAAUCCUCGAGGAGGCACACGCCGGCGAUCAGCUCGGUGCGCUGGUGCGCGGCAUCAAGCGCGACGACAUCAAGCGCGGCAUGGUGAUGUGCAAACCGGGCACGAUGAAGGCGAACGAUAACUUCGAGGCGCAGGUGUACAUUCUCAGCAAGGACGAGGGCGGCCGCCACAAGCCGUUCACCAGCUUCAUCCAGCUGCAGAUGUUCUCGCGCACGUGGGAUUGCGCGACGCAGGUGCAGAUCCCCGGCAAGGACAUGAUCAUGCCGGGCGAGGACGCCAAGCUGCAGCUGCGGCUGAUGCGGCCGAUGGUGCUGGAACAGGGGCAGCGGUUUACGCUGCGCGACGGACACAUUACGCUCGGUACGGGCGUGGUGACGAAGCUGCUUUCGCCCCUGUCCGAGAAGGAGCGGCUGGCGCUGACCGAGGGCAAGAAGGCGCGCGAGAAAGCUGCCAGCGGUAAGGCGUAAAGCCGUAAAGAUAUAUGUUAAGCUAAGGAACACAAACACGAAAACGGUAAGGCUCUAGUUGGUUAGACGAAAAAUACAAUUCGGAAAAAAGUCCA